AUCACCCACACCACCACCACCACCACCACCACCACCACUCCACUCCACCAUACAUACCUGACCGCGACGCAAUGGCUCUCAUCAAGGGCGGCUUCCUCCGUCUCUUUCAGACCUUUCUGUACCUACUCGCCUUCUUGUGCGCCGCCCUCAUUCUCGCCAUCUACAGCUAUUUUCUGGCUACCCUCGCCGAUCGCAAUGGCAACAUCAUGACUUGGGUCAAGGCCGUCGAGGGCAUCAGCGGCGCUGCUGUUCUCUACACCAUCUUCGCCGUUCUCCUCACCUGUUGUCUGGGAGGCAUCAGUAUCCUGGCCUUCACUGCAAUUCUCCUGGAUAUUGCCUUUGUUGGCGGCUUCAUUGCCUUGGCCGUUCUUACGCGUGAUGGCGCUCAUUCUUGCUCGGGAAUCGUACGUACGCCGUUGGGCACUGCCCCAGCUCAGAGGGCGUCCGGUAGCUUCGACGAUCAGAUCACGUACCGCGUCUCUCAGCGCACUGCUUGCCUCUUGAACAAGGCCUGCUUCGCUGUCAGCAUCAUCGGCGCCUUCUUGUUCCUCGUCACCGCCGCCAUGCAGGUCGCUCUCGUGAGACAUCACAAGAAGGAGAAGCGCUAUGGUCCGAGCCCAAAGAACAAUUACACUAGCGGCUACGGCAAGAAGAAGUUUUGGCAGCGCAAGCCAAAGAAUACUACGACACGGGACGCUGAGAUGGCUGGUGGCGCUGGAGGGCUUGCCGUUCCCCAGCACGAUAACCGCGCCUCGUACGAAACCGGAACUACCGUCGUCGGGAACAACACUCUACCUCACGACAAGGUGGAGCAGCCUCCAUACGUUCCCCAAACAGCGACAUCCCAUUCAGGUUACUACACUCAGCCACAGACGGGUGCAAAUCCGUAUGGCACUACUGGCACGGCUACUAAUUACUGAGCAAUCGCCUCUUUUCUGUAACCUGGGAAAAUGACUCAGCAACUGUUGGCGUACCUGUGUCUGUGUAUUGCAGAAGUGGAAGAAGGUUGAACCAGACAUAAACAGCGGUACGGCGCAGGGACUUCACGAGUGUACAAUUAUGACGAUCAGACCACGAGCAGAUACCUUAACGAUCAGACGAAGCGUACCUGGUAGGUACGAUAUAGUACCUAAUCACACUAAUAUAAUAUGAGUUUGUGAGACAAUACCC